AUGCAAGGACGCGUAGUGUUCCAGAUCGGGGGAAGUGGAAAGAAAGCUGGUCACUAUAAUCUUGGAGUAAUAUUAGCUUAUCGGGACUUCAACGUAUCCCUCUUGGACCAGUUGCGGGAGAAUAAGUCUCUUCGCAUGAUCGGAUAUUGUGACAAACUCAAUGCUGGAUAUGCUGCUAAUUGGUACGCACGCCAGGCAGAAGCAAUAGUCAUAUCAGGGUGCCUACCCCAAGAUACAUUUGGUCAGGACAGAUAUCAAGCCCUACGAGUUUUUGCUGAAGUCACCACUUUAUCCACACGCAUUACCGCCCAAAGCAAUCCUGUUAAGAGCUUCGAUUAUUCAAUUGCCCGAUCCUUACAUGAUUCCCUUCCUUUUUAUAUCGAAAUCCUGUCAACUGCGAAGCCUAUAAAGCUUGUGGGCGCCCGUGCUUGUCAUGGUAUCUCUCCUGAUAUACUAAUGGCUUUGAUUGAUAAACUUGGAUGCGCCGUAUUCGUUCAGCCAGAUGGAAAGUCCACUGUUCCUGACGAACCAAAAUGCAAAGAGGCUGUUAUGGGCUCUGGCCUAUGGGUAACUGUAGGAUGCCAUUGGACCGAUCAUCAUACACUUGGCAGUUGCCUUGACAUUUGUUGCCUUGAUAUUUGUCCACCAGAUGGUAAUGUAAUUGAAGGGAUUUGCCUUGGACAGAUAUCGGAUGCUCUGAUCAAAUCCGAUAUUCCUCAAAAACCCACCACACUGACUUCAUUACAGGCAAUCCCCAGUGUCGCAAAGAUGGACGAGAGCGUUAUCAAUAACCCAGCUCUAUCAGUAUAUACUGUCCUUCAGGGUAUCCAAGUUAUUCUCAGCCCCAAUGAUACACUCAUUGCUAAGACAGGGGAUAGCUAUGGAACCAAAUUCCAUAUGCAAAUGAUAUACCGCUAUCAAUUAGGGAGGCUAGAUGGAAGAGUUAUAACUAUGAUUGGGGAUGGUAGCCAAACGACGGCACAGGUGCUGAGCAUCAUGAUUCGAACUAGGGUAAAACUCGCAUCGUUUGUUACGAGUCUUUGUAAUAUGUUUCAUGCCUCUUACCUCGAUAAUCCACACGCUCAUGAAAUACCUGAAAACAACAUGGACCCACUUUUGUUCUCGAUGCAGGUCAAGGCCAAGGCUGAGCUACUCAUGGCACUUGAUCGGAUUGAACGAGAGCCUAGCAAAAUGACUGUCCUGGACUGCUGCAUCCACCCAACAAUAUCAGCCUUUCGCUCCGCCGCUUUGGCUCCGCCAUAG